AGGGGUCUUACCGGCGGCAGCCAUAUUCCUUCCUGUGCACAGUGACGGACUGCACAUGAGAUAAAAUGCUUUCGGCACGGCUCGCUGCGACUCUGGCAAGGCAAUUGCCAAGAGCCUCAACAAAGGUGUGCAGAAAUGCUCUUGGAGCUGGACUAGUAGCAUGCUCGAGACAUGUCUCCACAACACCAUGUGUCCAGGCUUCUGGUGCCGAAGUCUCCUCCAUCUUGGAAGAGAGAAUUCUUUCACAAGCUGCCAAGGCAGAUUUGGAGGAAACUGGGAGAGUGCUGUCUAUUGGAGAUGGUAUUGCCCGUGUCUAUGGUCUCAAAAACAUUCAAGCAGAGGAGAUGGUGGAAUUUUCCAGUGGUCUCAAGGGAAUGGCCUUGAAUUUAGAACCUGACAAUGUUGGUGUUGUCGUCUUUGGUAAUGACAAGCUCAUCAAGGAGGGAGACAUUGUGAAGAGAACCGGUGCUAUUGUGGACGUACCAGUAGGAGAAGAUCUUCUAGGAAGAGUUGUGGAUGCCUUAGGAAAUACAAUUGAUGGCAAAGGCCCAAUUUCUUCCAAAGAGCGUGCAAGGGUAGGAACGAAAGCACCUGGUAUCAUCCCCCGUAUCUCUGUAAAAGAGCCCAUGCAGACUGGUAUCAAAGCUGUGGACAGUCUGGUACCCAUUGGAAGAGGCCAGAGAGAGCUGAUCAUUGGAGACAGGCAGACUGGGAAAACUGCCAUUGCCAUUGACACAAUCAUAAACCAGAAGCGUUUCAAUGAUGCUGCAGAUGAAAAGAAGAAACUGUACUGUAUAUAUGUUGCCAUUGGACAGAAGAGAUCGACUGUGGCUCAGAUUGUCAAGCGUCUCACAGAUGCCGAUGCCAUGAAGUAUACCAUCGUUGUCAGUGCGACAGCCUCUGAUGCUGCCCCACUGCAGUACCUGGCCCCCUACUCGGGCUGUGCUAUGGGAGAGUUCUUCAGGGAUAAUGGGAAACACGCUUUGAUCAUCUAUGAUGAUCUGUCCAAACAGGCUGUAGCCUACCGUCAAAUGUCUCUAUUGUUGAGGAGACCCCCUGGCCGCGAGGCUUACCCAGGUGAUGUCUUCUACCUACAUUCUCGUCUCCUGGAGAGAGCUGCCAAGAUGAACGAUGAUUUCGGUGGUGGUUCUCUAACUGCCCUGCCAGUCAUUGAGACCCAGGCCGGUGAUGUCUCUGCCUACAUCCCAACAAAUGUCAUUUCCAUCACAGACGGUCAGAUCUUCUUGGAGACAGAGUUGUUCUACAAGGGUAUUCGACCAGCCAUUAAUGUGGGUUUGUCUGUAAGCAGAGUAGGCUCAGCUGCUCAGACCAAGGCCAUGAAACAGGUGGCCGGUUCCAUGAAAUUGGAGUUGGCUCAGUACAGAGAGGUUGCAGCGUUUGCUCAGUUCGGUUCCGAUCUGGAUGCUGCCACGCAGAAUCUUCUGAACAGAGGUGUUCGUCUCACAGAGCUUCUCAAACAAGGACAGUAUGUACCAAUGGCCAUUGAAGAGCAAGUAGCAGUGAUCUAUGCUGGAGUCAAGGGACACUUGGAUAAACUGGACCCAUCCAAAAUCACUGCCUUUGAGGAGGCUUUCUUGAAACACAUCUGCAGUAGCCACCAGGAUUUACUUAAGGACAUUAGAGAAAAAGGACAGAUUUCUGAAGAAACCGACAAUAAGCUAAAGGGCAUAGUCACAUCAUUUUUAUCUGGAUUCCAGUCGUAACCAUUGACUUUCUACUAGGAAAACAUGAUUAGUUCUUAUAAGUCCGACAGCAUUGACAUUGCUCUGUGUUAAAUAAAUAGUGCUGGGUGUACAAUGUAUUUGGAGCUCCAUUACUGAGUGAACGCGUGAAUGGCUGAUGUUGUACACUUUACAGGAAUUUGCUAAUUUUCUGUAAACUGAAGGCAGGUCAGCUUUACUAUUCUGUACAAAUUUAUAUUUAACCACGUGUUAACAGUAAUAAAUUGUAAAAAUCUA